AUGGACGCUUCUCAAAAGUCCAGUCUCAAAUACGUCUCUUCCGGAAGCAGCCAGUCUGUCAGUCCAAACGGACACCUGAUAUCAAACACCUUCAUCCCGUUGGAUAUAUUGAACACCAGGCUCUGUGGUGACUGGCAGGCCCGCCAGCAGGCAUACACACGAGACUGGCUGGCGUUCUGCUUUUAUAUCGUUGAUGUCGAAGCAAACAAACCUCAUAACCAGCGACGCAGCACUAAGGAUCUGCUACCAAAUGAGCUUCUCAAGCUUUUUGAAAAGGAUCAGGACGCUGCAGGGCUAGCAAAUAUUCUACGACCAGACUGGAACGGAGCGCAUUUGGGAGCCCGGAACAGUGUUGGGGAGUUCUCGACCAUCGGCGCUAAAUUUCUGUACGAACUUCUAUUUGACAAGGAUCUGAAGUUGAUGUCCGCGUCGAGUCUAGCAAGGCAUAUUUUCAAGAGGUGGUGCCUUGUUGCUCAUAGCGCCGCUUCUUUGGCAAAGGAACCAUUCUCCGUCAAGGCGCGAUUCUGGAAGAUUCCCAGGUUACCCAAUGUCAACAACAGUUUGGAGCUGGUAUACGUCCUGUUGCCGGAGUUUUGGUCUUGGACUGAAACUGUUGACCACGGAAUUAUGGAAGACCAGACGAUCUCCGCCGAUCUAAAAACAACCAUACGACGUAUUUCCCGGGACGACGAGUACCGGAGGCAAGCGGAUGAGUUGUGGGGGGAUUUCAUGACCAGGGCUUUUGCAAAGGCAGCAUCUAACACCGCGCAGCCCAUAACGGCCCGACUCGCACUCCCCACCGACAAUGUGCAGAACAUGGUACUGCUGGGCUCUCAUCCUCAGGGCUACUACAGUACGUACAUUCAACCACAGGAUCUGGAACUGUUGAGAUCGCACGGUUAUACAUGGGGUGGUGACCACCAUCCAUUUCCCAGGCACAUGCAACCUCAUGAAAUUGUUUCUUUGAGCGAAAGCACAACACUAUCCGUUACUGGUGUCUACGAAUGCAAGACUACGGUCAUCUCCAAGAUGAACAUCCAAAAUGCAAGCAACUGGCCCAGGAUACGAACUCAAAACGCUGUCAUGGAUAACAUCAGUGCAAACCAGGUAAGUUAUAUCUGCGUAUGGUCAUGCAGACAUGGCUAA